AUGGGGGUGACUACGCGCCGACAAGCGCGCCGCCAAGCGCUCGGGUUACCCGGAAAUGAAGUCUCCUCACGGAACCGCACCAAGACCAUUGAGCAUCUCAGUCGUGACUCUCAGAUGCACGAUUCUGAGAGUUAUUUUUCUUAUAUACCACGUGAAUCUGUCGCAGGCCACUGGCUGCUGAAAACUGAUGAAUUUAAAUCCUGGGAACGAUUUCUGUGGAUCAAGGGCAAACCUGGCGCUGGUAAAUCUACUUUGAUGGAGCACAUUGCUCGGUUCACCGCUUAUCAGAUGCGCGAUCAAGCAACGGUGACGUUCUGCUCAGUCACUGAAAUAUACUGCGUCAUGCUUUAUCAGAUUCUACGUCGCAAUCCGGAGAUUGAUAGGAGUAUCAAGAAGAUUCAUAAUAAACGUUACUUAAAGUCUUGUUUGAAAACCGCAAUUACGAAGAUGUCCAGGCCAUUGAUAUGCUUCAUAGAUGCAUUGGAUUCUUGUUGGUCGGACGAACUUUCAGAAUUACUUGAUUUCUGUAAUAAUUGUUCAUCGUCCAUCAAAUUCUGUUUUUCGAGCCGGCAUUAUCCGUACAUCGCUGCUUACGAAGGUCCAACCGUGAUUUUAGAAGAACAGCAAGGUCAUUAUGACAAGAUUCAAAGUUAUCUGAAAAAUAAUUUACAGGACUUGGAGCGUUUAGUCCCAGAGAUGCGCGAUUCUCUCAUUGACGAAAUAGUGCAAAAAUCCUCCGGAUGUUUUCUCUGGAUAGAAAGUCUAAUUAAUCUAUGGGAGGAAAAACAAAUAUCCGACUUCCGAAUCGCAUUGGACGACGUGUUGCCAGAAAUGAAACAAUGCCUGGAAGAUAUCGUGAAUAGACCAGAAAUGAAAGCAUGUUUCGAAGGUGUUGUGAGGGGAACCUACUUGGAGUUUUUGCGGUGUGUCCAAUGUGUGAUGCAUGCUAAACGUCCGCUAAAUAUGGAGGAAUUAUUUUUUGCAGUCCUCUCUGGGUUGCCUGACCGAUCCAAUCAGCCUUCAACAUGGACCAAGCCAGAGGUAGAAAAAUUCGUUGUCACCAAUUCAAGAGGUCUCGUGGAGUUGGAUAAGUCUUCUGGCUCCAUUCGAUUCAUUCAUCAAACAGUACCGGAAAUCCUACGUCAAAUUUUUGAGGAGAACGGUAUUACAUAUGAUUAUUUCAAGGCCCAGGAAUAUAUGAGACAAAGCUGUGAGAACUACCUUAGCCGGCCUGGUUCGCUCACGCCUUACAUCAAAUCUUCGACUUUGUCUGGGUUCAUACAUGCUAAAUUUCCUUUCGUGCGGUAUGCUCUGGAAUCUCAUGACCACCAUAGCCAGGCAGCGACGAGUGUAAAGUAUCAAGGUCACUCAACCUGCGACAAAAUGACUGAUGGUCAACUCUUGGUUGCAUGGUAUUCGGGCCAAACACACCUAAAAUGAAAAUAGGAUAGUACAGUAUUAAAAGAUAAAAACCCAAAUGCAAGGGAUGUUCGAGUGGAAGGUUCUGGUAAAAUGAACUAUGGACUGUUUUCCUGUGAU